AUGCUCCCCGCGGCCCGCCUCGGGCAGCGCCGAGCUCUCCCGAGCUUCCCGCUACGCGGGACCGGGACGCGAGUGAGACACUGGGGCCGCUCCCAGCCCUCGGCCAGCACAGCAGCCUUGCUGGUUUUCAGCGACGGAGCACAGCCCUCACCGCCGCCUUUUGCCCGAAGACGCGGGAGAUGCGUGCGUCCGGAGCUGCCCCCCUCGCCCCGGCCGCGCCGCCCGGAGCUGCCCCCCUCGCCCCGGCCGCGCCGCCCGGAGCUGCCCCCCUCGCCCCGGCCGCGCCGCCCGGAGCUGCCCCCCUCGCCCCGGCCGCGCCGCCCGGAGCUGCCCCCCUCGCCCCGGCCGCGCCGCCCGGAGCUGCCCCCCUCGCCCCGGCCGCGCCGCCCGGAGCUGCCCCCCUCGCCCCGGCCGCGCCGCCCGGAGCUGCCCCCCUCGCCCCGGCCGCGCCGCCCGGAGCUGCCCCCCUCGCCCCGGCCGCGCCGCCCGGAGCUGCCCCCCUCGCCCCGGCCGCGCCGCCCGGAGCUGCCCCCCUCGCCCCGGCCGCGCCGCCCGGAGCUGCCCCCCUCGCCCCGGCCGCGCCGCCCGGAGCUGCCCCCCUCGCCCCGGCCGCGCCGCCCGGAGCUGCCCCCCUCGCCCCGGCCGCGCCGCCCGGAGCUGCCCCCCUCGCCCCGGCCGCGCCGCCCGGAGCUGCCCCCCUCGCCCCGGCCGCGCCGCCCGGAGCUGCCCCCCUCGCCCCGGCCGCGCCGCCCGGAGCUGCCCCCCUCGCCCCGGCCGCGCCGCCCGGAGCUGCCCCCCUCGCCCCGGCCGCGCCGCCCGGAGCUGCCCCCCCUCGCCCCGGCCGCGCCGCCCGGAGCUGCCCCCCUCGCCCCGGCCGCGCCGCCCGGAGCUGCCCCCCUCGCCCCGGCCGCGCCGCCCGGAGCUGCCCCCCUCGCCCCGGCCGCGCCGCCCGGAGCUGCCCCCCUCGCCCCGGCCGCGCCGCCCGGAGCUGCCCCGCUCGCCCCGGCCGCGCCGCCCGGAGCUGCCCCCCUCGCCCCGGCCGCGCCGCCCGGAGCUGCCCCCCUCGCCCCGGCCGCGCCGCCCGGAGCUGCCCCCCUCGCCCCGGCCGCGCCGCCCGGAGCUGCCCCCCUCGCCCCGGCCGCGCCGCCCGGAGCUGCCCCCCUCGCCCCGGCCGCGCCGCCCGGAGCUGCCCCGCUCGCCCCGGCCGCGCCGCCCGGAGCUGCCCCCCUCGCCCCGGCCGCGCCGCCCGGAGCUGCCCCGCUCGCCCCGGCCGCGCCGCCCGGAGCUGCCCCUUUUCCCCGGAUCCCCUGGCCACUACUCACCCCAGCCAGGGGAACCGAGCAUCACGUCCGCAGGGAAAAAGCUGCCUAUCCCUCCCGGUGA